CCGCUGGCCGCAGCCUCCCGAGAGGAGCGGAGGGGUUCCGGCAGCCGGAGGUGGGGUGGUGGGGCGGACGCGGUGCCUGUGCUGCGUGCCCCCGCGGUGCCUGUGCUGCGCGCCCCCGCGCCCUGACAGGAGGAUCCAGUAACACCUUUCUUCCUACUUCUAAAAGUUACUACGGUUUCUCUUGAUUUGGACACACAGGUGGAAACUACUUCGGUGGGCAAGAAUGGGCUGCCGGGAUGUUCAUGCAGCAACAGUACUGGCCUUCCUCAGUGGCACAGCCUCAGUAGCUGGACUCCUUGCAGCAGUUCUGCUUCCCAACUGGAGGCAAAUGAGACUGUACACGUUCAACAAGAACGAGAGGAAUGUGACUGUGUACACGGGACUGUGGAUUAAGUGUGCUCGCUUUGAUGGGAGCAGGGACUGUGUGAUCUAUGACCCGCAGUGGUACACUGCUGUCGAUCAGCUGGAUUUGCGCGUUCUCCAGUUUGCCCUUCCACUGAGUAUGUUAACUGCUGUCUCUGCUCUGUUCCUCUGCUUGAUUGGCAUGUGUAACACGGCCUUCGUAUCCACCGUGCCAAACAUCAAGUUGGCCAAAUGCCUGGUGAACAGUGCGGGCUGCCAUCUCGUGGCUGGCCUCUUGUUCCUGCUUGCCUGUGCCAUUUGUCUCACUCCGUCCAUCUGGGUCAUUUUUUAUAACAAUUACCUGAACAGAAAGUACGAGCCUGUCUUUAGCUUUGACAUCUCUGUAUUCAUUGCCAUCGCCAGCGCCGGCGGUUUGUUUUUCACGUCUGUUCUGCUGUGUCUGUGGUACUGCGCGUGCAAAAGCCUGCCUUCUCCUUUCUGGCAGCCCCUCUACACCCAUGCCCCUAGCAUGCACAGCUAUGCCUCGCAGCCGUACUCUGCACGCUCUCGCCUCUCUGCCCUAGAGAUUGACAUUCCUGUUGUGACACACGCAUCCUAAGAACACGCUCUUGGAAGCCAAGGUCUUGUGCUCGUUUGAGCCGUGGGAGUCGCGGCUUGGCUCUCUCUGCCGCCUUGCACCGAGCAGCAUCAUUUUUUAGGUCAAGUUUUCCAGGGUGAAAGGAAUGGAGACCUGAGUUCAGCAAGUCCAUUGCUGUUCUCGUGUGUUACUUUCUGACCAACUUAUUUUAUUUUUUUUUUUUAACUUUGAACUCACUACAGACAAACUUGCUGCUAAUGCUGGGACAGUACACUAACAGUAGUAUUCAUUCGUCCUUCCACGAACUGAGAUUAAAGCAGGUUUGAAACUCUUUGCUACUUUGAUAAGCUAUUAUUAGGUUCUGAAAGAGCUACAUAGGUGGAGCCUAGCACCCAUGCAUUAUCCAAAUGCAGGCAGUGGGACUGGGUGCAGGGGUUUCCUCGAGUUUCUCAUUCAUCUAGACACACGUGUUUUAAGAUGUGAUGUCUGGGAGGGGUAUUUGGCAGACUAAUUCAGUUCUGUACCACUGUUCUUUGUUUUCCACUGCACACAAAAAGCUACCUGAUUAUGAACUGCAAUAGCAUUAGGCUCAAAUUACCCUAUAUUUUCAAAGUAGCUAUCAGAGGAAGAAAACCUGAUUUAACUAAUAAUGUUCUUCUGUACUGUAAUAGCAUUUUGUGACUUACUGGGGGCUAGAAACUUUCGUGAAUUUUAUUUCUGGUCUUUUUUUCAUGUCAGUAAAUUCACUAGAUUAUUUUGUGAUAAAAAAAAAAAACACUUGUAUUUAAAAAUUCUGUUUAGGAGCUCGAAUAUUUUAUUUGAAUGCCUCUUAAAGACGGAUUUUCAAGUAGGCUUUAAAUCACUAUUCAGUUCUGGAGAGAAAUGUCACUUGCUACAAAAUGGAUUAAGAAAACCAUGAAGAAUUCCGAAGGCUAUGAAAGACUCUUUUGGAACACUGUACACAGACUAUAACAACACCUCUCUAGUAAGGGGAUUAUAACCCUGCGGAGAGAUUUUAAAAUCUAGAUUGUUUGGGGUUUUUUUAAUGUAUAUACAAGUAACUGUGAACUUGUGUAUUUUCCAGAGUUGAUCUUUUUUUGGUUGUUGGACUUUUAAUGCUGUAACUUAUUUAAUUACUGAUUAAGACUUAACCUUUUCCGCCUUAUUCUUCAACACCUUUCAACUUGAGCUAUUUUAAAAUCCAGUUAUUUCCUGUGCUGCCACCUCACAGCUGGAGAAAGUUUCCCUUUCCUAUUUUCUGUAAGACAAGGUUUUGAAUAACUUGAGAGCUUCACCUUGUAGCUUUAUAAGGAUGAGAAGGGAUUAUAAAUUUCCAACGUGGGAUGUCUUUAAAUAUUUUUUUUUCUUUCUAAAACGCAGAGUGGCUCAGCCCUAAGGAUCAAAGCUUUUCAAUAUGGGCUUUGAAAUUACUUGGAAAUUUGAUAACAGUGAGUUGAAGAGUGUUGCUGUUAAGUAUUUGACUUGCUCAGGUCUUGACAAAUUGAGAUCUUGUGUUUAAGAUGUCAUUCCAGUAAGGAAAGUUAUUUUAAUUGGUGGCAUUCUGGAGUUUAGUGGAUAAUUGUAAUUCAUUAAUCCCAGAACAAAUUUGCUUUGCUAAAAAAUCAAAUUGAGUUUGUCCUUUAAUUCUAGUUCUGCAAACUCCUCCAAGCUCCUGAAAAUCAGUUUGUUUCCUUUUCUUUGCAUUAGAAAUAGGAGCAGAUGCUGUGCUGGGCAAAUCUUGUUCUAUUGCACUCUUGCAGUAAGUGUAUAUUAAGAGGAAUCAUUUGGGGUUUGCUGGGAAGCCUUGGACUUGAGUGGGCUCGGACUUCAGCCUCCUUUGGGAGAAGCUGAGCUCUGUCCUAAAUUCCCAGCCUGAUCAGUACAGCGAGAGGCGUUUUAGGCAGACUGCUUCAGCAGCCUGCAGAGGCUGUUAAUUCCUUAACAGCCUAACGAAUUAACACUGUAGAUGAUAAAGAAUACUUAAAGAGAUAGGCCUCUAAAGUUACAUGAAUUUAAUACCCUCUUAGGCUUACAAGGUAUGAUGUUAGAUGAAGUAUCUUUUUUUGUUUUUCUUUUAAUCAGAUCAUGACUUGUAUGGGCUUGCAUGUACUUAUGUGUUCUAAUCCCAUUUUUUUUUUCUUUAAAAUUGAAUUUUGCUUUUCAGUUACUCUGGUUGUCCAACCUUAGUACUGUUGCUGUUCCAGCUGCCCACAUGCAGCCCAUGCGCUUUGUCAGCUCAAAGCAAAGGGACCACUGACUGGUUUGUGAUUCCACGUCAGGCUGUUUCCCCAUCACUCCCGUGUCUUUUCCUCUUUGUGCCUUGCUGAAGUUAUGAGUAGGCCAGUAAAUGUUAGUUUUCAUUCAGCAUCUGGUAUGGUUUUUGAACCUGAAUUUACGAAGCAUUUUGAUCAUUUUGGAGGGAUGAUGGAUACAUCUCUGUGACUAUAAAAGGAGCUGAAUCUUCAACCUCUCCAGAGCAAGAAGGGCAGCCUGGCAAACCAGUGUUUCCUAUUGAGAGUAAAUGCAGCCAGUGUUUUGUCUGUGUACUUUAAAUAGCAGAUGUCUCUGACAGCUCUUUCGUGUUCUGACUUUGAUUUUUAUGCACUGAACUUUCAAUCAGUAUUUGCUGCUGCCUAAGCUGAUAUCUUGUUGCUUUGCAAUUUGUGUCUUCAGACAUCUGAGAUGGAUCUGUGUUACUAGAAGCGGGGAUCCAAAAGUAGUGGAUUCCAGGUUUCAGUGAAGGUCAUCUUUACGAAUAAGACCGUUGCAUCGUGUCGUAUCACCAAAGCACAGCGGGGUUUCCUUCAACAGUGCUGUUAGUGGGAGUUUCUGCUGGAUCCUAAGUGAAAUGAACUGGAAAUGCUGUGCUGUAUUUCUUCUUCCUUACAGAGGAGGUGGCCAGCCUGUGACCUUUGAGCCGAGUUCCCCCUAGCAUUUCUCGUGCCAAUGUUACCGUCCUGCCUCGGCAGGGCUCGGGGUGACAGGUCUCCUGGGAUCUGGGGAGAAGAACACCUGUAUCCGUGCCUGGGCAGAGCUGCUGUGGAGCAGGUGGCACUUCUUCUUCUGACCAGCUGCUCCCUCCCGGGCACGUCACGGUGUGGGACAGGGGCUCUGUGUCUUCAGCACAGGAAGGUUUUAAUUUGCCGCUCGUGCAGUCAAAGGUUGGGUGCUCUGGGAUUACAGGAAUCUCUAUUUUUUUCUAGUAAUUCCCGUCCGACUUUUUAAGUUGUGUUUAAUUACAGUGUUGGUUCUUUUUAUGGGAAACAGAAGAUAUGUAUUUUUAAUAAAACAUUCUCAUACAGA